GCCGGCGCCGGCGGAAGUAAUCCUUUCGACCUUUCUCGGAGCCGACGCGAAAAAAGAAACUCGUGCUCUGCUGGCACACGGAGGAAGGAAUAGGUUUGGCCCUCGCGGGGAUGGCCGCCUUAUCUGUGGAGGACUUGCUGGCGCGCGCCGAAGAGCGCGACGCGGAGACCCAGCGGAGCGUGGCGGUGCACAAGGAACUGGACUUGGAGUUCGACGUAGGCAACCUGCUGGCGGUGGACAGGAACCCUGCGCCGCGCGCCGUCGCGCGGGAAGGAGCCGCCGCCUCCGAGCGCGAGGCCGUGCUACGCGCCUUGGCCCGCGACAACGUCCAGUUGCUGGUGGCCCAGCUGUGGGCACUGCCGUCGGAGCGCGCCGAGGGCGUGGCCGGGCCGGUGGUGGCGCGGCUGCCGGAGUCUUCGACCCGCCUGCCCAGGGAGAAGCCGCUGCCCAAGGCCCGGCCGCUCACCAAGUGGGAGCAGUUCGCUAGGCUCAAAGGAAUCCGCCCGACGCGGAAGAAGCGCGGCACCUUGGUCUGGGACGAGGAGGCCAAGGAGUGGCGGCGGCGCUGGGGCUACCGCAGGGCCGGCGGGGACCCCUCCCGUGACUGGCUCCUGUUGGUUCCGGACUCGGCCGACCCGUUCGAGGACCAGUUCGCCAAGCGGCGCCAGGAGAAGCGCGAAAGGGUGGCGCGCAACGAGCUGAACCGCCUGCGCAACCUGGCGCGCGCCCACCGCGCUGGGGCGGCUGGCGAGCUGCACCCGACCGGCCACCAGGACCGGGCUGAGCUGGCCCGCGUCAAGGCCCUGGCCCGCGUCUCCACUGCCUCCCGCGGCCGCUUCCAACCUCGCCUGCCUAAGGAGGCCCCGACGCCCGAGAGCGCCACCGCCUCUCGCGGAAAGAAGCGUCGCUUUGCAUCGCUGCUGGGAGAUCUCGAAGGAGAGAAGAAGCGGCAGCUGGAGCUGGUUCGGAGCCUGAGCAGCAAAAAGCCGCUUCUGGACAUGACCCGUGCCGUCAACAAACAGCUCCGCGAGGAGGAGGCCGAGGCAGCCUCCGGAGCUAAGGGCAAGAAGCGCGGGCAGCGCGGCAAGAGAGCGCUGCGGCAGCAACGGAGACCCGGUGGUGGGGCCAAAGGCAAGAAUAGCAGAGGGACAUCCCGCAGAGGAGGGAACCAGGGACGGUCUGGAAGCUUUGGGGGAAAGAGGAAAAAGAAAUGAGCCUUCCUGGAAUGCCAGGAGAACCUAUCAACUUAUUCCCAGUUGACAUUAUCUCCCUGCAAAUAAUGCCCCCCAGCACUGACUGUUGCUUCUGUGUUGACCAAAAAAAAUGUGGCCUUGACUUUUCCUUGGGUUCAACAAAAGCCUUGGAUUCUCAGCAAACUUUGUUGAGCCAGAUAAAAAGGGGAAACUUGGCUUUUCUUUUAAAAAUAAAAAAACCUGAACUAUAAUUACUGAAAUAGAGAUGGAAGUGUUAUUAAAUAAGACUCAGAGAAUCUUUCUUGCAAACAUAAAAGGAGUAACAUGCUUUUCAAGGACAUAAAACAAGCAACAAUUUCUUAACAGUAUUUGUAUACAUUUUGUAAGAAGCAUUGUAAAGAUAGAAUGGGAGUAUAUUAUUAAAAAUGGAAUUUCAA